AUGUCCAUUGGAGUCUUGGUGACUCUACUCAGUGGCGACCAGACCUGCAUCUCGGUGACCGAGGAUGCGCUGGUAGAUGUGCUGCGGCAAAAAGCGCAGAAGAAGCUGAACGCCAGCAUCGGACCUUUGAUAACUGCUGCUGGCUCGCUGCUUCAGGGGUCUGCUACCCUGAAGCAGGCGGGCCUUCGUGAUGGCGACACGGUCACAGCCAUCCUACGAGAUCCUGCCCUGGCAGCGACGACCGGGGCCUUUGCGCUGAUCCGGGGAGACGGCUCGGUCGUAGCAUGGGGACAUCCCGGCACGGGUGGUGACGAAGACGGUUCGAAGUAUUUUCUGGUUGGUGUUACGUCUUUUACGUCCCUCUCCAAGUACCGAGCUGACUGCAGCGCAGUACUGGAGCAGCUACAGAAGGUGAAGUGCAUCAAAGCCGCAGCGGCAGCCUUCGCCGCACUCCGCGAAGACGGCUCAGUGGUCACGUGGGGUGGGCACGGAGGCCAUAGCGCCGAAGUUCAAGAGCAGCUACACGAUGUCUCAGAGAUCCAGGCCACCUUCGGCGCUUUCGCUGCCCUGCGCACGGAUGGCUCUGUUGUGGCCUGGGGCGACCCAGACGCUGGCGGUGCAAUACCCGACAAUGUCCGGGCUCGCUUACGCGAUGUGAAACACAUCCAGGCGAAUGCACUGGCUUUCGUGGCGCUCCGCGGGGACGGAACCGUGGUCACCUGGGGCCAUCCCCUGGAAGAUGCAGACACGGGCGCUCUUCCGGAUUUGCUUCAGGAUGUUCUCUGUGUCCAGGCAUGCCGAUUGGAUGCCGGGUUCGUUGCCAUAAAGGCCGACAGCGUGGUCGCGUGGGGGUUCGAGCACCCAAUGCUGAUGGGUGGCUUUGUGAAUCCCGGCGGCAGUCGCUUCCUUCGUUGUGGUUUGCAGAUUUCGCGCAACGCAUGGGCCGCUGUGAGCCAAGCAGGGCAUCUCAGCGUGGAGUUUGGAAGAUGGAAUUACCGAGCCAAUUUUGACAUCGUGGAGGCGGAAAGACUUCACGAUGUGGAACACCUACAAUGUUGUGCCGAGGGCACUUUUGCAGCUAUCCGAAGAGACGGCACGGUGGCGACUUUCGGUGACAAGCGGAACAAACCAGCGGUUUUCGUCGAGGAGGAAUUGAAGAACGUGGUACAAAUUCAAAGCAACCGCAGCGCCUUCGCUGCAAUUCGCCGUGAUGGGUCGGUUGUCACAUGGGGUCCAAAAAGCUCUGGAGGGAACAGCGACCAUGUCCAGCACCUUCUCAGCAACGUGAAGGCAAUACAGGCUUCUGAGCGGGCAUUUGCCGCCAUUCGAGAUGACUUGGCAGUAUGUACGAUGAUGCAAGCCUCGGAGAGUGCUCCCACGAAGGCGACGGAAGGGCUGAAGGUCGCAAAGUCGAAAGCCAAGCCCAACGCCGCCAGGAGGCCGAAGCCCAAAGCAAAGCCCAAGGCAAAGCCCAAGGCCAAAGCCAAGGCCAAGGCCAAAGCCAAAGCCAAGGCCGGGUGUUUAAAGAAGCCGAGUCGACGAUAG